CACCACAUUCACUUAGAAAACAAAAAACAUUCAUUCUCCCACACUCUCGAAUUCAUCAUCGACAUUUGGAAGCCGAAAUCGUCGAGCAUACGUCCGAACAAUGAGUAGCGACUCCGACGAGGUAAAAAGCUCGUUUUAAAAAAAAAAAAAAUCUCGACCGAAUGUGAUUUUCGGUUGGUCCAUGGUCAAACCGAAGUCAACAUUCGGUUGAACCAUGGUCAAACCGAAGUCAACAUUCGGUUGAGCCAUGGUCAAACCGAAAGUUGACUUCGGUUUGACCAUGUAUCAACCGAAUGUUGACUUCGGUUUGACCAUGUAUCAACCGAAGUCUUCGUUCGGUGAAGGGCGCCGCGGAACGAACGGAGCUUACCUUCUUCUCCGGCGAGCACGGACGGCAGGCGAGAGGAGGGCUGACGGCGACGGCUGGGCGACGGCGACGGCGAGUGCGUGGCGGCGUGGGACGGCAGGCCACUGGAGGAGGGCUGCGACGGCGACGGCGGACGAGGACUCACGGCGACGGGGGAAGGGCGAGGUGGGCCGGCGGGUGACUGACGGCGACGACCCGCCGUGGUCUCUCUGCGGCUGGGCGAUGGUCAAACCGGCGGCGGGUGACUGACGGGGAGGUCGGCGGCUGUUGGUGGACGGGGAAGGGAAGUGGAGGAAGGGGAAGUAUGCGAAGUGGAGGAAGGGGAGUGUUUGGCUAGGGUUUGUGUUUUAAUUUUAAAAAGAGUAAUUAAGUAAUUUACGUAUUAAGUUAGGACGACGAUUAGUAAUUUUUAGGACGACCUUUAACCCUUCAGAUAAAUAUUGAAUAAUCGGAUGUCAACGAUCUUUAACUUGUGGUUCUAGUGCUUUAUGUGAACGCAAGAAAUUGCAGUUUUGUAAGUCUCCUGACAGCAGCUGGGAAUAUCAUCAUCUCUUGAGAGCAAACCAAUCGAAAUAACUUAACUUGAGCACAAGAUUAAACCGCUACCCUUAAGACAGAGUAAUCCGAACCAGUCUCGGGUUUUGACGGGGUCCGACAUGCACAUGGAACUCAAAGCUGUGAGCAGGACUAUGAUAUGAGUAUGAGUGCUUUGGUGGCAGAGGUUUCAGUUUCGUCAUUAUCAUGGUGAAAUUGCAGUUGGGAAGAAAGGAAAAGCACAUUUGUCAUUUCACUUUGUUUCAUUUCGGACUCAUAGUAUGUGAACUUACUGCCCCUUGAGUCGGCGCAAACUUAUUAUGAUUGUUUGUGUGCUUUCAUAGUCGUUAUGGUAUCGUAGUAUAUGUUGUCAUCUGAUGGUAGAAUUUCAUCUGAUGUAUUGUUUUGUUUCUGUAGGAAGUAAAACGGUGCCUAAUAAAAGCAAGAGUUGUUUGUGUUGUCAAUGGCGGUCGGAUAAGUUAGAGCUAUAUAUAGUUAUCCCAAAAAAGACAUUAAUUUAUUGUUUCAGUAGAUAAACAUUGAAUGGCAGGAUGGUACUUAGCACAAAUGACUCAGCAUGCGGACAUACUUCUAAUCAGUGUCGACCUCUUGAUUCUAGUGCUCUCUAUCAAUGUGAGGAGCUGUUUCUUCUGUUCUUUUCUGGAGAUAUCCAUCAUCUCCUGGAAGCUCUAGUUUGACUUAGUAACACCUACUAUGAUUGUUUGUAUGCCCUCGUAAUUGUCAUGAUGUUGUCGUCCUGAUAGAAGAAGUUGUCGGAUGCAAUCUUUUCUUUCUAUAGAAAUAAAUCAGCGCCUAAUAAAGUUUGAGUUGCUUAUGUUAUUAUCGACUUUAGUUAAGUUUGAAGGUGUGCUUAAAAGAGCCUUUUAUUGUCUUGAGGAUGAAGAUUCUGCACAAUCUAAUUGUUCCAUUCUAUCAAUGUGAGGAGCUGUUUCUUCUGUUCUUUUCUGGAGAUAUCCAUCAUCUCCUGGAAGCUCUAGUUUGACUUAGUAACACCUACUAUGAUUGUUUGUAUGCCCUCGUAAUUGUCAUGAUGUUGUCAUCCUGAUAGAAGAAGUUGUCGGAUGCAAUCUUUUCUUUCUAUAGAAAUAAAUCAGCGCCUAAUAAAGUUUGAGUUGCUUAUGUUAUUAUCGACUUUAGUUAAGUUUGAAGGUGUGCUUAAAAGAGCCUUUUAUUGUCUUGAGGAUGAAGAUUCUGCACAAACUAAUUGUUCCAUUCUGGUGUAAUUGUCAUUAAUGGAAGGACACAAUAAUGAAAUAGCUCUUGGAAAGAAGUAAUUAUCAUUUCACUUUGUUUCUUCUCAGACCCACCACAGGCCACAGCCACAGCAAUUAAAGUUGUUGUGCCAAAGUGACAGUGAGUAAAGCUUAGAAUGUGAG